UAAAAUCCUCUCUUUGAAGGCGGAGCCUGAAAGCGAGCGUGUUUCCUUCCGGGUUGCCGUAGAGCACCUAAAUCUGGCUUUUCGCGCUAUAACUUGAGAGUUCGUUUAGUGGACCGCGUGUUUAGAAGAUCUCCCCAAGUGGAUAACUGGGUUUAAGAGCACACAAUGGGCAAGAAACAAAACACCAAAACUAAGAAGGAAGCGCAGACUCAGGAGGAGCCGGAGGAGUUUGUUGUGGAAAAAGUGAUGGACCAGCGCAUCGUCAAUGGGAAAGUGGAGUUCUACCUGAAGUGGAAAGGAUUUACUGAUGCUGACAACACCUGGGAGCCUGAGGAGAACUUGGACUGCCCCGAGCUGAUUUCAGCUUUUCUGGAGUCGCAGAAAAACAUCAAGGAGAAGCCCACGGCUGUGAAGAGGAAAGCUUCCACAGAGGAGGGAGAAACUGAUUCUGCAAAGAAAAUUGAGGCUGAGCAGCCACGUGGCUUUGCCAGAAACCUCAACCCAGAAAAAAUAAUUGGUGCCACGGAUAGCAGUGGGGAGUUGAUGUUCUUGAUGAAAUGGAAAGACUCAGAUGAAGCAGAUUUAGUCCCAGCCCGCGAGGCUAACACACGCUGCCCUCAGGUCGUCAUAGCUUUUUAUGAGGAGCGACUGACAUGGCAUUCAUGUCCAGAGGAUGAAGCUCAAUAAUUCUUCCCUCUGGUUUCUACUGUUUGUUUUUGUAUUUUUUCUCUCUCCAUAAAACCUGGACUCCUCCUCCUGGUCUGCCUCUUAAUUUUAGCUACCUUUAGACUGUUUUGUAGAGUUUUUUGUAGAGUACAUUUGUACUUUGUUUGGCAGCAGAGGAGAGCUUUAUGGCUGUGUGAAGUAACCGAGCAGCUGAUGUGUGCGACAGAGUUCAUCCAAAUGUCAUGUCGCGACGGAGCUACCUUGCAUCUCAUGCCUGCUCUCAAAUGUUUUUUCUGACUACUUGAAAAAUGUUAAAAGCUGUUAAUUGAGCUUGUUUUUGUUGUUGUUUUAUCCUGCAAGUUGUUCUGAAAUUCCAUUUUGUUUAUGGGGUGUAAAUACUAUCCCAGGUUCCAAUUAAAACUUGUAUGUACAUAUUUAUAGCUCUGUUUAAUUUUGACCCCUUCUAUAUAUGCAUACAUGACAAGAACAAGAAAAUAAAUUGGCAAUCUUUAUGCCUUUUUGUAA